CUCUUGUCUUACAGUGAAACCACAUCCAAUGUUUAUGGUGCCAUUUGUGCUGUGGUCAUUUUGCAUAUCCUUCUUGCACUGUUUAUCUUCAAAGCCUUCAAAGAGUCACCAGUUAAGGGCUCAAAGCAAGAUUAAUUUUUAUUUUUACCAUUUAGUUUAGAUUGCACAAUUUAAAAUUUCAUCAUGUCAUCUCUGAAGUAUAUACUGGAGCAACCUUCUUCUGUGAUGCUUUUCUUGCAAGAAAACUCAACACUCACUGAUACAAAACCAAAAUUAGACACAGCAAAUGAUAUACAUGAAAAGUCGGCCACCUUGAAUUCCCACACCAAAGCCUCGACUCCAGAAGUUCACUCUUCGUCUGCUACAAGAGAGAAGUCCUCUUUAAAAGAUUCACAAUCAAAACCAACCAUCAGUUCUGCAGGAUUAUCAUCUCAUCAUGCAUUGGUUUUCACUGCUUGCCAAGAGGAGGAGCAAGAAAAGAAUAUGACUAUUGAAGAGAUUAUAGAAUUGGGGGAUGAUUGCCUUGGCCUGAGGAUUAUACUAACUUCACGAGAAGGAACUUAUAUGGGUGUCAUCAACCAUGUAUUGCUAGCAUGCAGACGACUGGCAUUAGAAAAGGUGUGUAAUCCAAAGACGGGGAAGAAACGACUUGGUAUGCUGACUGUAUUUUUCCAUAACAUCCUGAACAUCUCUGUUGUUGGUGAAGACAGGGAAGCCCGACAAAGACUGCUGAAGGAUGUGUACCGUGAAGUUUGGGAUGGUAGACAGCUUCUGAUGAAGAAAUAUGUUCCUAUACACUUGAAUGCUUUUGAUGAGAUGUAUAAUGAAGUAGAUGAUGAUGUUUUGCUUGGUAGAGCAGAGCAAAAACCAUUACCUCUUAAUGAAAAUAUUUCCAAAGACAUACAGGAAGAGCCUCCACCCCCAGCUCGAAUUCCACGACCAGCCAAGUGGGUUGUAAUUGAUACACUUGAUGAUGCAUUUAAGAAAGCUCUGACUUUCAUUAGUGCUGAAAAUGUCAUUGCAAUGGGAAUGGAGGGCCUGAAGCUGGGUCGUUCAGGAACUUUGGCAUGGCUCAGUGUUGCAACUUCCACAAUGAUUUUUCUCUUUGAUAUGGCCAACAUGGGAGCCUCACAGGCAUUUCAAGAAGGCUUGGGAGACAUAAUCCAGGACAGUGCCAUCCUGAAGGUUGUACAUGAUUGCCGAGCAAUGGAAGACAUCUUGCAUCAUCAGUUUCAAAUUAACUUCAGCAGUAUCUUUGACACUCAGGCUGCUGACGUGUAUGUGUACAUGCUCAACCAUCAGUGGGCAGUACCGUCAUUUGUAUCAAGCUUGCCAUCUCUUCUUAUCCGUCACUUGCACUUGUCACCUCACCAUGUGUUCUUUCCUCAUGUCCGCCAGGAAUGCUCACAGGAUGAUGAAUCAGUGUGGUUUGAACGUCCUCUCUCGCCUCACCUGUGUGAAGGAAUGGCCCGGAACAUCAAGUUCCUUCGGGAGCUGCGCUUAGUAUUUCUCGACUUCAUACUGGUGGAUUUGGCUCAAGUUACAAACCUGUUCCAAGGUGCUUUGCGCGACAAGGACUCCUCUACUGCAAACAGGCUUGAGCGUCACAUUGUACCAGCGGAAGUUCAGAGGUUGGGCCGUCGCUCUGUUAUCAAUAGUGUUGGUGUUCAUGACCCAUACAUAUACUACUACAGAAAUUCAUACAAGUUAGCUACUAAGAGAAAGUAAUGCAUAGGGAAGAGAUUGUGCUUUUGUUGUGGGUGAGCUUUAAUGAACUUUUUCAACAGCCAAUAGCCAUAUUUUUUCCAAGUUUUUGAGAGAUUUCAUACUGAAGUAUACAGUAUUAGCCAAAAAUCUGAUUAUAAUUACUGUAUGUCUCGAUGAUUACUCUUCUGAACAAAAGUUUAGUCUGCUGAGGAGUUCAGAUAUUUGAAAGAAAUAUCCACUUUUUUGUAAAUAAGAUUCUGUACAAAGUGUGAUUUACAUAUUACAUUGGGCUGUUUAGUGGUGGUCGAGAAUGGAUCAGACUUCUAAGAUAAAUAAUUUGGUUAAUUA